ACUAGUACAACCUCCACUUAGGAUAGGAGCCCUGAAAAUUAUUUCUCUGCUAGCUCAUUGUGGAUGAAGUGCAGCAAUGCAGAGUAGAAAGAAUAUUAUAUAUCAUAUUUGGACGGCGCGAAAUCUAAAACCACCUCAUAUAUUCGCUUAAAAUCCGUAACCAUGGUGACCUAAAGCGUCAAAACAAGUUCACACGGACAAAUUGCUUUUCUGGGAGGACUUCACAGCAGUAGCACAGCUAAGAUGGAAGACUCAGCUGCGAUGGCUAUCGAACGGCGACGUGCGUCGGAGACAGCGCGCAAGGAACGAAUUUUCGACACCAGAAAUCGGGUCAUCGGGUUGGACCUUUCAAAGCUGCAGAGGCAAGUCGAGGAGAAGCGGGAGCGGGAGAGGGUGGAGAAAGUACGGGACAAGGCAUUCGAAUCGUUGAGCGCGAUGCACGACGCUCUCUUGAAGCAACAGUUUGCAGAAGAGGAGCGCAGGAGAGCGGAACUAUCCCAGGAAUUGGUACAGUUCCGAGCGACUCACCAGCGUGCUCAGGACUCCCGUGACGCUGAUCUGAAUUUUAAAGAACUGGCUCUUAAUCCCCCGGUUUCAGAGGAGGAACUGGGGCCUUCGAGCAUGCAGGUGUUUCAGGGAGGUGAUUGUAUGGCCAGAGAGAGGAAGAAAGCUCAGAUGGAGGAAAAUGAAAGACUUCUGAAAGCACAGACACAGGAGAAGGAGAAAAUGCGCAUCCACAAAAAACAAACAGAGUUGCUGUGGGGCCGAGCACAGGUGCAACAAGACUUUAGGGAGCUGCAGCUUGAUGCUACGGAGGAAAAGUGUAGGCGAGAUGCUCAAGUUGCUCUCAGCAAGUACAACCUGGCUCAGGCUGCAGAGCGGGCACAGCAACAGAAGAUGGACAGAUUGAAAGAGGAAGGGGAGAAUUUUAUGGAGGUGUGGCACAUGAUGACCUCUGACCUCCUGACGGAGUGCCCUGAAGCUGCAGAGAGAGGGGGUGGAGGGGCGGGGCAGAGGGUGCUUUUGGACAGAUGGAAGGGGAUGAGUGCCGAGCAGAUGAACGCCAUACACAAGCAGAGAGAGGAGCAGCUUGCUGAGAGAGAGAGGCUGAGAGAGGCCAAGAGACAGAGAGAGGCAGCGUGGGAUAGCCUGCAGAUGGCACAAAGCCGAGAGGGAGAGGAGGAGGAGAAGAGAGAGAGGGAGAGAGAGAAGCAGAGAAGGACAGAGAUGGACAGAUACAACAUGCAGCUGGCCAGAGAGCAACAAGCGCAUCAGCAGUACCUGGAGAAGAAUCUCUACACCAACAGGCCUGCGGCCAGCUACUUCACACAGUUCGGCAGUAGCUCUCGCUAGGACCCUUUGUCCUCAGUUACACCUCAUUGUGUCUUAACAGCAUAUUGACAUAUCUGGCACAACACAGGACUCAUUCAGGGCCACACACACUGGACAUGUACACUGUACACAUUGGCUGUUACUUCAAAUACAUACUGAUAUUUUGGGCACAUUAUUAUUUCUGAGUGGUAUUUUGGGAUGUGGAUAUGUUUCUGUAUACAUGUCAAGAGGUCAGAUCAUUAUCUGUAAACAAAAUGGCAUAGUUCCACAAAAGGAAAAAACGUGAAUGAAUUGCAAAUGUUGAGUUUAACAUAAGCAAUUGUAUUGCACAAUUACCUUUUUUUGCAAACAUUUGGGACAUUUGGUAGGGUCAUUUGGGAUACUUCCGAAACUGUCAUUAUUGUUGUACUCUUAUAUGCUCUUUGUAAGUUCUGUCCAUUUGUCUGUUAUGUAAGCUUGGGAUCAUCAGCUCUGGCUAUCAUCAGGGUAGGUACUGCAGUUAAUACAUUUGAAUAUAUUGUGAUGUAAAUCAUACGUGCUAGAGCCAUGUGUUUUUGGCAAACUGGAUUAUCCAAUAGCUGAGCUGCAGCCUGAUAGGAAGUAUCUAUGACUUGUCUUGAUGAAUGUGUCAGCUGCAGUAAUUACCCUGAUGCUAGUCAGAGUUACUAUGAUAUAGUUGGUUAAUAAAUCAAGAGGCCAUUCAUAGUGAAUGCAACAAAUUAUACGAAGAAGUUAACUGAAUAAAUGGGUUAAGAGUAUUCUGACAAUUAAAGUAGAACAGACCUUGAAAAUAAACAGUUCUACCUGGUGCAUUAUACAAGUUAUGAUUUUUCCCCAAACAAUGUAAGUCCAUUACAGACGACGGGGUUAAAAGAGCAUGUUGACAUUUAACACCUUAAUAUAAUGCAUUUUUUCCUCGCACUAUGUACUGUAUGGUAGUCCCUCCUCAGUAUCCUUUUAUUACCAGUCAUUCACUAUCAGUGUUCCCUCUUUGCACAGGCUUCAUAGAGGCAUCGUGUGGCUGAUAUUUUUGAGGAUGUGCAUGAAGUUGCAGUUGAACUUGACUACA